CCUCGGAGCUGGAUUGGCUCGAUGAGACAUUGAUACCCUUUUUUUCCAGCGCUGCGCGUUUAGGAGGGGAUAGCUAAUUAGCUUACGAUCUACUUGUUCUGUUAUACCACCGGUGGCUUUUUGGUUUCUCGUGCCGGUUAUUACACUUUCGACUCGGUGGUCGCUAUGCUUAUUUGAAGAUAUUUCUUGGUUUGGGGAUAUUAUUUGCGGUUCGACGUCAAGCUCGUUGUUGGCGACUACCCCUCGGAGCUUGGCUAGCUGUUCAACUUGACUGUGGAUGAUACGACCGAGUACGGAGCUAGUAUAAUAUUCCUGUGCAAGCAAAACAGCAACAAUGGCACGCGGCGAAGACAACAGCGUAACGGUGGCCAUGCCCCGCCUGGAGGAUAUCCUCCGCCACCCCGAAGACCUGGACAAGAUCACCGGGCUCAAAGCCGAAUACUCGCGCAAGAAAGCCGCCGUCGAUGCCCAACUCCGAGAAGGUCUCCGCGAUCAGCUGGAAACCGUCCAACGCAGCAUCAACGCUCUCACCGAAGGCCAGCGGCAGGUAUCCAAGACCAAGGACGAGCUUCAAGGCAUCGACAAGCUAUGCGCGGAGUCGCAGACAAGUGUGGAGGACUUCUCGCAGAUUGAUAGGCUGGCCAAGGUGCAGAGGAACUUUGAGGCGACGUUGAUGAUGAAAAAGGGACUGGAGAAUUUCAGUGAGGAUCUGGCUGUGGUUGAGGAUCUGUUGCGGGAGGAUGAUGAGGAUUUGGAGAAUCAGCCGAAUUUGCUACGGGCUCAUAUGCAUAUUUCCAAGCUGCGGGAUUUCAGAGAUGAGGCGAUGGAUCAGAUACGCAAGGCGCAGGAUCCGAGUAGUGAGGAGACGUUGGCGGAUUAUUUCCAGGGGUUGGAUUCCGUGAUCGAUUGGUUUGAUGAUCACCUUGGUACGGCGUGCAUGAAUCUGAUACCGCUGGUGCAGUCGGAUAACCCCAGCAUGGUGGUUCGGUUGGCGGUUGUGGUCAUGAAUGAGGAGAAGAAUGAUGAUACGGUGCGUGCGUUGCAGGAGGCGCAGAAGGAUCAUCAGGAUUUGGCGGAUCGGUUCAAGUCGAUGAAUGUGGGACCUAAGACUGUGAGAGGGUAUAAGGAGAAGUUCCUGAAGGCCAUCGAGUUCUAUGCGCAGAACCAGUUCGAAGCAACCAAGGAAGACUUCCUGGCUGAGCCGGAUCAGUUGGACAAGAGCUUCCGGUGGUUCUUCAACGACCUUUACACUGUUCAACAGGGCAUGCAAGCGCUGGUGCCGAAGAAGUGGAAGAUCUACAAGACCUAUACGGAUAUUUACCAUCGGAUGAUGCAUGACUUCUUCAUCGGACUGAUCAACGACCCUGAACUUCCUGCCGAUAACCUGCUGGCCAUCAUCCACUGGACCGAGAAAUACUACAAGAAAAUGAACAAGCUUGGCUGGAAACAGUCCGACCUCAAGCCCAACAUCCUGGACGACCGCGAGCCCGAGCUCAUCCGGCAAUGGCAGAACAUCAUCAUCCGCGCGGUGGAAGACUGGACGAACCGCAUUGCCGAAACCGACCGCAAGGGAUUCGUGGAACGCAUCCCCGAUUCCUUGGAUACCAACCCGGAGGGCUGCUUCCGUACCAAGACUCUCCCCGACAUGUGGCGCAUGCUCCACGAGCAGAUCAUGGCCUCGGGUGCCUCAUCCCGUACGGACGUGGUGGAGGGUAUCAUCGACGCCAUGUUCCGGGUCCUCAAGGGCCGCCAAACCGCAUGGCAGACUCUCAUCGACGAAGAAUGCGCGAAAUACAAGGCUCCGGGCGGCGACCAGCUCGACGGUCUCCAGCUCCUCCAGGACUGGCUCGUCGCCGUGGCAAACGACCAAAUCGCGUGCAUCGACGACAACGAAGAAACCGGCCAACUCGGCUACCUCACGCGCUUCAAGCGCGACUUUGAAACCAUUGUCGACCCGAAAUACAUGGCAUCCCAGGCCAUCCCGGAACUGGACGCUCUCCGCGAUGGCUACGUCGAUCUCAGCACGUACUGCCUCACUCAAUUCGUCGAGGUUAUCUUUGCCGUUGACUUCCGCAGCACCAUCCCCGACUUUUUCACCCAGAAAUGGUACGGCGAUUUCGCCAUCAAACGAAUCACCUCCACAUUCGAAGACUACAUGGCGGACUACUCGCCUGUCCUGCACCCCUCCCUUACAGACAUCCUGGUCGAAGAACUCUCCGACGAACUACUGGUCCGGUACCUGUCCUCUGUACGCAACCGCGGCGUCAAAUUCCGCCACCAAACCGACCCCUACACCGACAAAUUCAAGGACGACGUCCUCACCGUCUUUGCCUUCUUCCAGAACUACCCCGAUUCGUUCGCCGGCACGAUCAAGCAAAAAUGGCGUCUGGUUGACUGGCUGGUCCGGCUGCUGGAGACGGAGAAGGGUCCGACGUUGGUGUCGGUGUAUGAGAACUUCAAGACGGAGUAUUGGGAUCUGCAGCUCUCGUGGGUGGAGGCGGUGUUGCGGACAAGGGAUGACUUUGAGCGUAGUAUGCUCAGUUCUGUGAAGGUGAAGGCGGCCGAGUUGUCGGUGGAGAGGGGGAUGGAGACCCUGAUGAGUAAAGUGCGGUAGUGCAGUGCAGCGUGCAGGUGUCUUUCAGCGAGGCGUUUGGUGUUUGUGUUUGUUAGAGGGCGGUGAUCAUGUUCAUGUUUGUCUGUAUCCGUGCUGCAGAUUUUAUUUGCUCUUACCAUAGC